GAUAUCCUUAAUAAACUGUAAAUAAUAAUUGAUUUAAAAAUUUCUAUAAAUACUCUGGUCACUUCAAUACUACACACAAAUCAAUUCAAUAUUAAGUUAUUAAAGUUUGAAAAAUAUUGUCAUAUAUUUUGAACACCAAAAUGAAAACUAUAAUAAUUUUGUGCGCUAUUGCCGUGUGCUAUGCCAAACAUAUCACCUCGGCCAACUCAAAAGUGGCCGCGGUGAAAAAUUUCAAAGCUAUUACUAGCCCCGAGUUAUACGACAAGGAUAUUCGCCCUUAUUUAGGCGAAAAUACCACAGUCAAAGUGGGAGUCACCAUGUACGUGGUUGACUAUGAAUUUGACGCAAAUGACCGGAAAAUGGACGUGGUCAUGUAUUUCCGCCAAAAGUGGACUGACCCACGACUCGAGGCUACCGGUUUUACCGAGAGUGUAGUCGGUGGUAAGUCCUUAGUGGACCGGGUGUGGUUACCAGACACAUUUUUUGCAAACUCAUUGGACGUGGAGGUGGUGAAAGACCCCAUCCGUAACACAUUUAUUAGUAUUAAACCUAAUGGUGAUGUCCUUUUCAGCGAGAGAAUAAAGGUAUCAUUCCGAUGUGGACCAAAGAAAUCAUCUAACCCUGAUGAAUGUUCACUUGAGAUGGAGUCCUAUGGUCAUAGUAUGGCCGACAUUGAAUACACCUGGGGUAAAGGUGCCGAGUCCGUUGGCUACUCAAAAUCAUUUGAACAUGGUGACUAUAAAUUAGUUGAGGCCGUUAAUCGUGUUGAAACUGUUUCACUGUCAUCAGGACAAUAUUCGCGAAUUAUGGCUGCCUUUAAAUUCAACCUUAAAAAUUAAAGCAUUUAUCGGAUUACGACUACCUUGACUUUCCAGUAGUGUACCCAGUUAAUUUUGAUUAUUUUUUACUUUGUUAAUCUUAAAAUUAUCAUAAAUGUUUACCGGUUAAUUAAAAUAAAUUCUAAAAGUUAAUUUUUAAUAACUAAAUUUAUAUUAUUAUUAUUAUUAUUGUAUUUUAUAAUCACUAUCA